AUGAGUGAUCACAUUGCUAGCAAGAUAAAGGAGAAAGUAGCCUUGUCAGUGCAAGAAGAAUUUGAUAAGCGUUUCCCUAAAGAAAAAGUACCAGAAAUCCAAAAUCUUGAAAAUCAACCGAAGCAAACGAAUGAAAAGCCUUAUGAUCUUAAGAACUUCACUAUUGCUAACCCUCCCACAUACAAUGGGGACCCUGAUCCCCUUGUGAGCACUAAGUGGGUGUAUGAAGUUGAAGGGGUUUUCCGCAUCACAAAGACUCGACCCGAAGACAAGACUUUGUAUGGGUCGAGUAUGUUGAGGGAUAGGGCUAAAUUGUGGUGGGAUAGCCAAAUUGAGACGAAAGGAGAAGAUGCGAUGGUGAAGCUGGAUUGGGUAGAUUUUAAAGCGGCUUUCUUUAAGGAAUUUCGAUCCGAAUCCGAUGUGACUAAGCUUAGAAGUGAGUUCAUGAAUGAUUCUCAAGGUUCGUUGAAUGUGAAUGAAUUUCGUGUGCGGUUUCUUGAUAAAGCACAGUUUUGUCCUGAGUAUUUGAAAGAUGAUAAGUUGUUGAAAGAGCAUUUCUACCGGAAACUCCGCAAGAAUAUUCGAGAGAAGAUCACUCUUCUUCAAGUUGAAUCUUUCAACCAAUUGAUUGAUGUGGCAAGAUGGCAUGAGGUGGAGCAAGGCAUGCCGGAUAAAGACUCUUCCAAAAGGAAGGCAGAGCAAAGUGAACCUCCAAACAAGAAGGUCCGAUCAAGUGGAAGCUCAGGAAAUAAUACAUCUAGAAGAAACAUUCCCACUUGUAAUAAUUGUGGGAAACACCAUUCCAGAGUUUGUUGUUUACCUCCUAGGAAGGGAUGCUUUAAUUGUGGCCAACCGGGUCACAUCAGUCGUGAUUGUAAAUUCUCUCCAAACAAGCCUACCGUUUGUUUAAUUGUUUCAAUGAGUGACAUAUGA